UUGAUGGCCGGGAUGCAAGCAAGGCGUCGGUGUUGGGCGGUUGUCCCGGCAACGUCCCGCUUAUCGGCCGCCCUGUAGCGCCUCGAAUCAUCGCGCCAUCGCCUGUGCAGCCCGGACGCCAGCUCGGAUCCCUCUAGUCAAGGUUUGGCCUAGGCAGCGCAUGCUAGUCUAGCUGGCCGUCUUCGUUCCAUCCUGCCUGUAGAGCCUGCCGUCGCAGCCAUGUUACGCAGAGUCUCAGGCGUGUGCCCCUUCUGCCAGGUGCAGGCCCUUACACGACCACCGCCGCCGCCGCCGCCGCCAGCCCACCAAGUCCGCCUGUAUACCCAGCUCCAGCGCGAACGCGGGGAACGCCAUGGCGCAGCCUCUUCACGACCCCCGCGGCCCGUCCGCGGGCGUGACAAUCCCAGGCCGUCGCGGAUGAUCCUCUCUGAAGACGUCGCGCGCUCCGCAGACAGAGGGCCGGCGAGGAAGCCAGACGCCUUCGACUUCCUCAAUAGGACCGAAGCACCACGGGGCCUGCAACGCAUGCGAGAGCAGAGAGAAGCCCGUGGGAGUCGCCCGGCGACUGGCCGCGACGACGACAAGCGGCGGACGCGGGCAGAGCCCUUCCACGCCUUGAAGAUGCAGAGUUCGCUGCACCAGGUGCCCUACAACAACCGCACCGCCGUUAAGCGGCAGCUCGACGAGUACGACUCGUUCGACAAGUUCCCCCUCGCCGAGCCCAUCCUUCGUGCCGUCAACGAUGCACUGCCCGGCCUCGAGUACCGCAAUCCCACCCCCGCACAAGCCGUCGCCAUCCCCGCCCUCCUCGGCCUGCACAAGGCGGUGCGCGCAAAAGUAAAGUCCAAGAAGAGCGCGCCCGACUCCUUCCUCCUGGCAGCCGAGACGGGUUCGGGAAAGACGCUGGCAUACCUCCUGCCUACUCUGGACGCUAUCAAGGCGGAGGAGGUGCGCGAGAAGGAAGAGGCGGAGGAGCAGGCCCAAAGAGACGCCGACGAGGCGGCCUCCAACGAGCACGACAAGAGGACCGACAUGUUCGCUGCCGAGGAGCCUGAGAUCAACAAGGCUGUAGAUCCAGCACGACCGCGCGCCAUCAUCCUCGUCCCCUCCGCCGAACUCGUCGCUCAGGUCGGAGCCGUCGCAAAGUCGCUGUCCCACACAGUCAAGUUCCGUGCUGCGCCAAUCUCAGCCAAGAUGUCUGCCACGGUCAUCCGCAACCAGCUCUUCAACCCCAAUGGCGUCGACGUUGUCAUCAGCACACCCCCGCUCCUCGCCAGCAUCGCCGAAAGCAACCCAAACAUCCUCGCACGCGUCACGCAUCUCAUCUGCGACGAGGCAGACUCCCUUUUCGACCGCUCCUUCAAGCAAAGCACCACCGACAUCCUGGACCGCGCUACGCCUUCCCUCAAGAAGCUCGUCCUCUGCUCCGCUACCAUCCCAAAGUACCUCGACAAGUACCUCGCAGACAGGUUCCCCGACAUGCAGCGCCUCGUCACGCCCAACCUUCAUGCCAUCCCGCGAAGAGUACAGCUAGGUGUCGUAGACGUAAACAAAGACCCCUACCGCGGCAACAAGAUGCUGGCCUGCGCCGACACCAUAUGGCAGAUAGGCAAAGCAUCCGUCGACUACGACCCCAACGAAGGCAAACAAGUCAUUCCCACGAAGCGCGUCCUAGUCUUUGUCAACGAACGCGAAGACACGGAACAAGUAGCCCAGUACCUCGUCAAAAAGGGCAUCGAUGCCCUCGCCUUCCACCGCGACACCGAUCCUUCCCGCCAAGCCAAGGUCCUCAAGUCCUUCACCAACGACGCAUCUGCCAAGGAAGCCGAAGACAGCGAAGAGAACAAGGCGGAAUCGCCGAACAAGCGCACGCUCCCCAACACCAAGGUCAUCGUUACCACUGAUCUGGGCUCACGGGGUAUCGACACCGUUUCCGUUCGCCACGUCAUCCUCUACGACGUCCCACAUACUACCAUUGACUUUAUCCAUCGUCUGGGCCGGACUGGGCGAAUGGGGAGGCGAGGAAGGGGCAUCGUCUUGCUCGGACCCGGUGACCGAGCGGAUGUAGUCAGAGAGGUCAGGGAGGCCAUGUUUAGAGGUGAAGCUCUGAUUUAGAAAAGAUGGAGAUGCGUAACGACUUAAAAGCUUCGUGUACUAUAUAUUGUUUUCUACUGCGAGUAUUUGCAUCGCAAGAGUGCAUCUACGAUUGUCCACGAUAUGAUGAUGUCGAUGAAUGUACCAAUCCUUCCUCCAUCAGCCCCAAAUUCAGAAACACGUGCUGGUGAACUACAAUGAUGUCAAAGUGCGGCCCACUACGGUCGUUCCCACCAAAUAAUCGUUAUCAGCACGUCUAGCCGCAAAGCACUGACAACAACGUCCCACGCUAUUUCCGUCCUCGCUAACGCUUUCGGUCGGCGCCAUGGAUGAUGGUUUGCAAGCCCACUUGUGGCGUUUUUUGCUUCAACCCCGCCCGGAAGUGUUCCCGUACGGGGCUCCUUGUUUAUCUGCGACUAGUGCCUGCGGGGUUCAUCGUUGCAGAAUGGCCU